AUAUUUCUGAGUAUUUCUCCCAAGUCCUACAUGUCAACUCAGAUUUUGAAGAGCUCCCAUUAUAGCCUUAUGAAAUUUAACAGCAUCUGGCAUUCGCUGGGCGCCCUCAGCUGUGGAUCCCUGGCGACUUAUGUUAGCCUGAAGCUGCUCGAUCGGCGCCAGACACAUGAGGUAUAUAGGGAAGAGGAGACGUCGUGCAAAAGCAUCUGGCACCACGACUGGGACCGUCGGAAGCCCCUUACCAGCACUCUCAAAGGCCAGGCGAACAUUAUCCACGAGGAAGCUGUAGCCCUGCGUCACAUUGUGCUAGUGCGGCAUGGGGAGUACACAUCGUCGCCAGAUGGCGGCCAUCUCACGGAGCUGGGGCGGCUGCAGGCGCAUCGGACGGGCCAGCGCCUGCACGAAAUGGGCGUGGCCUGGGAUCAUGUGGUGGCCUCGACAAUGACGCGCGCCCAGGAGACGGCCAUGAUCAUACUAAAACAAAUCAACUUUGAUCCGCUCAAGAUGAAACGCUGUGAGCUGCUGCCAGAGGGCACGCCCUGCCCAGCAGAUCCGCCACAGAAUCGCAGCGUUGCCAGCGUGGAGCAGGCCUUUCGCCGAGAUGGACCGCGCAUUGAGGCCGCCUUUCGACGCUACUUUUUUCGCGCCUCGCCCGAGCAGAAGCACGAUUCCUACUUGCUGAUCAUUGGCCAUGCGAAUGUCAUACGCUAUUUGGUCUGUCGUGCCUUACAGUUCUCGCCCGAAGCCUGGACGCGCUUCAGUCUGCAUCAUGGCUCCAUUACCUGGCUGACCGUCUGGCCCACUGGCUACGUGACGCUUCGCUGCCUGGGUGAUGUGGGCUUUAUGUCCGUAGAUGAGCUGACUCUUCGACGGCCCAGGACCAUUAAGGAAAAGGUCCAUUAGGGCAUAUUUUACUGGUGUAAUAUAUAAAUUGUCUUAGCGAUAUUAAAUUUGUAUACAGUCGUAUGUUUGUUAUGUAUAAAAUUAAACAGUUGAUAAUUAUAUAGAGCACGAAAUUUGCGUAA